AUUGACACCAUAAUAUCUCAAACAUAACCUAAAAUUGGAAAGGUUUUUAAUUCGGUGAUGAAAAUAUCAAUAAGAACGACGAUUAACAUUUGGUAAAGUAGAAUAAGAACUAUCGAAAAAAAUGUCUAAAAUUAUUCCACUGAUUAAUUUCAUAUCAAAAAGGGGCAUAUCCCUCACAGCACCGAGAGAAGGUAAAAGAAAUUUCAGAAAAUUUGUUAUACCAAACAAAAGAGGUUCGAAGAUCCACAAAAUGCAACAAAUGGGUUCCAACCGACAGCUUCCAAUCGAUAAGCGCGGAGUACGCGACACUGGUUACGAAUUAAAUGGAAAAUUUGUGAGCGUACCAGAAAUGAUACCAGAAUUGAUUGUUCCUGACCUAAAAGACUGCACUUUGAAGCCCUAUGUAUCGUAUAAGACAGAGGACGUAGUACAGAGUGAGUUUACAUCACAACAGCUCUUUGAUGCCAUUUAUACCAAGAAGAUAGUUAUAGACUAUAAAGAAGGCAAGUUGGAUGAAAAUGGUCUGCCUCUUGAACCAUCUGCUGAGGAGAAAUUAACACCUGAAGAAGCCGUAGCCCAAGCAAAGAGAACUGGUUCUGAUAUCUUUUAGCCAGUUUAUUUUGUAAAGAAGUAGUCUUUAAACUAGUGUAAUAAAGUUAAUGUGUUUAGGUUA